UCCUCCCUGCCGGCGAAGGGGGGGGGGGUGGAGCUCUCGGCGGAGAUCCCGGGCCGCCCUCUCCCCGCGGGCGGCUUGUCGGUGUUUAUUCCGGGCCAGCGCCGGGCCCUGCUGUACGGCAGGAUGUGGUUCCUCUACCUCCUGAGCUGGCUGUCGCUGCUGCUGCAGGUCGCCUUUGUCACGUUGGGGAUCGCUGCUGGCCUGUACUAUCUGGCAGAAUUAAUCGAAGAGUAUACAGUAAUUACGAGCCGCAUUAUCAAGUACAUGAUAUGGUUCUCCACUGCCGUGCUGGUUGGACUCUACCUCUUUGAGAACUUUCCUGCAUUAAUGAUUGGAGUCGGACUUUUCACAAACCUUGUCUACUUUGGCCUCCUACAGACUUUUCCAUACAUAUUGCUCACAUCGCCCAAUUUUAUACUGUCCUGUGUGCUGCUGGUUUGUAACCAUUACUUGGCAUUUCAACACUUUGCAGAAGAAUACUACCCCUUCGCUGAGGUACUGGCUUACUUCACACUGUGCCUGUGGAUAACCCCUUUCUCCUUCUUUGUGUCACUUUCUGCUGGAGAGAAUGUCCUCCCAUCCACGAUUCAGCAGGGAGAUGACGUUGUAUCAAACUACUUUACAAAGGGAAAGAGGAGCAAGAGAUCAGGAAUCCUAGUGAUCUUCACCUUCAUCAAAGAGGCAAUCCUGCCCAGUCGACAGAAGAUUUACUGACUGUGUGUGUUCAUGAACUCUUGUCAAUGUAAUGGACGAGGUGCAGGAGGUUGGAGCUGAGAGACCAAGAGACUUACUGACCUGGAGAAUUAUGAGCUCCUGCUUUGGACUUUAAUUUGGGAUUUCUUUUGAUUUUUGUUUUUGUUCUUUAAAUGGUCCCUCCUCCAUGAAGGAAUAUUGGUUGAAGAUUUCAAAAGCAUUAUUUUUGCACAGAUUUUGGAAUUUCGAAGGACUUCAAACAAAAAAAGCAAAUCUUGUUCCAUUUGGAGAGGGCUUGAUUGAAGCUGCCCACAUGAUGUAUUCAGUGUAAAUGUUGACAUUUUCUCAUGGAGUGGAUGAAUACUGUACAUGGCCAUGAUGCUUCCAGUAAACCUUGUUCAGUUUCACACCCUUUUUGGUUCAGUUCAACGUCAUCGGCAGGGUCCCUCCCUUUGGCUGUUUUUAAAAAGAGCCUUGUGCAUUUGCUUUUAGGUGUCUUGUGUUUUCCAAUCAUCCCCAGAACUUGCUGCUUGUACUGCAAGGUUGAUGCUCAAAGAAGCAGUAUUAACGUAAGGAGAGAUACAAUCAGUAGUAGAAGGCACCUGGGGGGUGUAAAAAGUGGUGGGGAGAGGGGCUACUGAGUGACAGUGUGAGGGACCUGGAUUAGCAUCAGCAAAGAUAUAGUCAGUAAUACAGGGCGCAGGGGAGAGAGGGGUUAGUGAGUGACAGUGUGAGGGAGCUGGAUUAACACUAGAGAUACAGUCAGUAACACAGAAUGCUGGGGGAGAGGGUUUAUUGAGUGACAGUGUGCGGGAGCUGAAUUAACAUCUGUAGAGAUACAAUCGGUAACACGGCGCUGGCAGAGGGGUUACUGAGUGACAGUGUGAGGGAGCUAGAUUAACAUCAGUACAGAUACAGACAGUAACACAGGGAGCUGGGGGAGAGGGGUUACUGAGUGACAGUGUGAGGGAGCUAGAUUAACAUCAGUACAGAUACAGUCAGUAACACAGGGCACAGGGGGAGAGGGGUUACUGAGUGGCAGUAUGAGGGAGAGGGAUUAACGUCAGUACAGAUACAGUCAGUAACACAGGGCACAGGGGGAGAGGGGUUACUGAGUGGCAGUAUGAGGGAGCUGGAUUAACAGUAGAGAUACAGUCAGUAACACUGCACUGUUGGAGAGAAGGGUUACUGAGUAACAGUGUGAAGGAGAGGGAUUAACAUCAGCAGAGAUGCGGUCAAUAACACAGGGUGCUGAGGGAGAGGGGUUAAUGAGUGACUGUGAGGGAGCUGGAUUAACAUCAAUAGAGAUAUAGUCAGUAAUGCAGUGCACUGGGGGAGAGAAGAGUUACUGAGUGACAGUGAGAGGGAGCUGGAUUGAUGUUGGAUUAUGGUUAUUGAAACUGUAUCUCAAUUGUUAAACCCUCAGGUUGAAACACCAAGCACCUAGAUCUGGAAUCCUGUUGUAAAUGCUCUUGCUGCAGUGAAAAUAAAGGUCUUACGUCUCUAGCA